GUGGGUUUUAAUCAUCCCAGCGGCUGGUUUCACGCUCUGGUCCGGGUUCACCGAUUUCUCGAUCUCAAGGGCGUAUAAAAGGAGCUCCCGAACUAGAUCGCCCUCGAGUUAUCAGUUAGAUGGGUGAUUAUAAGGUUUGGAGAGUUUUGAGCCUGUUCUUGCUUGUUGUCAUCGCUGCCCGAGGGGAUCUCUCGUAUGACUUCUACAAAACGAGAUGUCCACAGGCAGAGAAGAUUGUCAUGGAUGUCAUGGUGAAUGCCACAUUGUCUGACAGGCGAAUUGGUGCGUCCAUCUUGCGUAUGCAUUUCCACGACUGCUUUGUCGAAGGCUGUGAUGGAUCCAUCCUCAUUGAUUCCACCUCCACAAACCAGGCCGAGAAGGAUUUCCCAGCAAACUUCCCCAGCAUUCGCGGCUUUGAUGUGAUUGACGCUGCCAAGGCAGCCGUGGAGAAAGUCUGUCCGGGGAUCGUGUCUUGUGCUGACAUUCUAGCCUUCGCUGCGCGAGAUGGUGUUCAUCUGUCGCACGGACCAUUCUGGAACAUCCGGUCGGGACGUCGAGACGGCCGAGUUUCCAUGUUUAAUCGCGUCCCUCUCUUCCUUCCACCACCCACAUCCAACAUCACGCAGCUCAUCACCAGCUUCGCAGCCAAGAACUUAAGCAAGAGUGAUCUUGUCUUCCUCUCAGGUGGUCACACGAUUGGAUUCUCUCUUUGCUCCUCCUUCAACAGCCGGCUCUACAAUUUCACCGGGAGAGGCGACCAGGACCCAGCGCUCGAUGCGGCUCUCGCCCAGACUCUCAAAGGGCAGUGCCCUCGUCCUCCAACCAGGGUCGAUCCAAUCGUCCCAAUGGAGAAGACCCCAUUCAAAGUAGACACGAAAUACUUCAAGGGAGUGCUCAAGAGGCGCGGCCUCUUCACCUCCGACUCCGCCCUUCUCAAUGAUCCAUUCACGAAGUCUCUGGUGAUCAAGAGCGCCGCGGACGAGUCAUUCUUCCUUGGGAAUUUCAUCCAGUCCAUGAUCAAGAUGAGCGAAUUGGAGGUCAAGACUGGAUCGAAAGGCGAGAUCCGGAAGAAGUGUCACGUCAUCAACUGAGACAUUGUCUAUGAUUUGUUUGCGCCAAAGAAUUUAAAAUCAAAUUUCCCCCUCUA